ACAGAUGCUUGAAUCUACUGGUGUCAAGUACAGUUCACCAAAUCUUUCAUCUGCAAUGAGCAAUCUUAUCCCAAUAUUUACAUAUGUGCUUGCCAUCUUAUUUAGGUAAGGUGCUGUCUGGUGAUUCAAUUUGUUUAGUAUGAGUAUCAAUACUCAUUUUGAGAAGGAUUAAGGUUAUCAAAAUGUAUUGGCAAUGUUUAGAAAAGUAACGAUGAUUUUACUAAGGUGGAUAAUUGGUGUUUGCUGGGAUGUUGAUGGGGAGCCAAUUCUAUUUCUUUAUUAUUAAAAGUUUGACCUUCUUAAGAGCAUCGUGGUUUUUUUUUAUGUUUCUUUGUUUUGGGUACAUUUCUUAUGAUUUUGAAAGGUCAAGUUGGUUUCUUCCUUCUGUUUAAUAAGACAUUGUUAAUAAUUUUGUAAAGAUGCUUUCGUCCUUUUGUUUAUUAAAACAUUUGCAUUGUUUUCUUAAAGGUGCUUUGUUCAUGUUGUUUAAUAUAGCAUUCUUAAUAACAAUUUUCAUUGUAUUUACCUGCCAAGUAUAUCAGUGGUGAUGAAACACUGUAUUGUGUAUCUCUUUUAUCCAUUCCACCUCCUGUGGCCUAGUGCCACAGCGACUAGAUAUGGGCCAGGCCUUGUGCAUGUAAGCUCUUGGACACCCUCCCAACAACUCGGUUUUCAAGGGUGAAUUCUACCUCAGGGGUUUGCAUCAUAAACAUCUUUCACUUUACAGUUUUAGGAGGAGAAGCCCUGAAAUGUCUAGCAUAGUUACUUCAAAGCAGUGAAGAGCUCUGAUGUUGAAUCCUUUUGCCAGCGCUGGUGGUUGAUUUUGUUUUUGUGUGGUUGAUUUUGGCCUUUAACACAAGAUUGGUCACCAAGGUGGCUAAUAAUAUAUCAUUUUCGCAGUGGACCUUGCCUGCAAGACUGGGAUGUCAAACUUUACUUUCCACUAGUUAUCAGGGGCGAAUAUAGUAUGCUUAUAUUCAUCUGAGUGAGUUGUUCAUCUGGUUUAAUUUGUAUUAAAGUAUCGUAAUACAAUAUCAUGACAUUAAUGGUCCUCUCUCUCUCUCUCUCUCUCUCUCUCUCUCUCUCUCUCUCUCUCUCUCUCUCUCUCUCUCUCUCUGUGUGUGUGUGUGUGAUUGUACUGGCACACGGGAGGAUAGGAGUAGGAACUAUCCCAGACUUAACAUAGAUGGAUGAAAGGAGGGCAGAACUGUAUGUGUAAGAAAUUGUAGGCAGGAGUCUAGCACAAACAUAACCAGAGUGCUAUGGAGUGGCGGUCUUGUAUUAGAAACGCAGCCCCCUUUGCAGCAAUGAUGGCGGUGGAGUGCACGGACAUUGGUAUAUCAACGUUAAGCAAGGCAGCCAUGACCAAAGGGAUGAGCAACUUUGUGUUUGUUGUUUAUGCUAAUGCUCUCGGAAGCCUCCUCCUCCUCCCUUUCGUUCUUAGCAGAAGGAAACGAGCUCCUUUGACGAUCUCAGUCCUCUGCAAAUUCUUCAUCCUCAGCUUAAUAGGGAGUUUGGCGCAGAUGCUUGAAUCUACCGGUGUCAAGUACAGUUCACCAACUCUUUCAUCUGCAAUGGGCAAUCUUAUCCCAAUUUUUACAUAUGUGCUUGCAAUCUUUUUUAGGAUGGAAGAGCUAGAUUUAAGAAGCUCAAGUGGUGUAGCCAAAUUCUUAGGUGCCUGGGUAUCAGUACUAGGAGCCUUCACAGUUACCCUAUACAAGGGCCAAAAAAUCCUUUCUGCUUUUCCUCUUUCAGGGAUUCCUCACCAAUUUCUUGACUCGCAACAACCAAAUUGGGUCCUUGCAGGUCUUCUCCUUUCAAUGGCUUUCCUCUUAUUUGCCUUAAUGGGCAUUUUUCAGACAGCAGUUGCAAGGGAGCUCCCCGAGAAUACAACCAUAGUUUUCUUCUUCUGCUUCUUUAAUACUAUCCUAUGUGGAAGCUUCUUUCUAAUAGUGGAAAGAAAUCCACAAGCAUGGAAGCUGAAUCCUGACAUUGAGCUGAUUUCCGUUGUAUACUCUGCGAUUCUCGGUUGUGUAGUCCACAACAGUGUUUGUACAUGGUGCUUGAAGGAGAAGGGCCCCGUCUUUGUUGCCAUGUUCAAACCAGUGGGGAUUGCAAUUGCAGUGGCCAUGGCAUCCCUUUUUCUUGGGGAACCCCUUUAUCUUGGCAGUGUGAUUGGAGCAGUAAUUAUAGCUCUUGGAUUCUAUGCUGUAAUGUGGGGAAAAGUAAAAGAACCGAAGUUGGUACCAGCUGACAGUGGAAUUUGUUCCUUUGAGUCAUCCUCAGAGAGGACCCCUUUUUUGCAGAACAAGCCCAAGGAAGAAAUCUAGAGAGGCGUUUGUAUCGUCUCUCAAAUGCCACUGCUUGCAUCGCUAGUGGGAGCUUUAUGCGCUCGACAUAGUCUUUCACUUGAUACCAUAUAUGAAAAACUUUGACAUAUAUGAUACUUGCCCUCUACUGGAAGCAAAGCCCCUGCUGUAAAUUUUAGAUCAGUAUCUCCACUCUCUUUCCUUCAGUUGUGUGAUUGUUGUACUGCUUGUGUACAAAUACUAAUAUAUUGGUUUGUAUUUUGUAACAUCACGUCUUCUGGGCAGAAAUGAGCAUAAACAAUAUUGUUUUGGAUUUUGGAAAA